AUGGAAAGUUGUAAACUGGACUCUGCAGUGUGUAAAGAAAUGUCUGUAUCGGACACUGAGGUGUCUGACGUAACGUGGACAGACAACGGUACUUUCAAUCUGUCAGAGGGACACACGCCACAGACGGAGAACUCAGAGGAUCUUGAUAAAGAAGAAGCUUUCACCAGCGACCUCCCAGAGUUUCCUUCCCUCGAUAAUGGCGGCACGACAAACGGAGACGACGAUGAUGACCUCAGUCUUGGCCUUCCCUCACCUCCAUCUCAGCCCCAGCAGCCAAUCAAAUCAAAGCUCACACCUUCUCUUCACAAAGACCAGUCCUCCGACAACAUGUUGGAGUUGGUCAACCAGAUGGCAGGUGACGUCAUCACCACCGCUGUCACAGCCGCCAUCCAGGAGAGAAUAGAAGCAGCAGUCUGCUUCAUGUCUCUGAGCGAAGACCCCGAGCGGUCGAGGCUCCAAGAGUCGACCCGGCUGCUGGAGCAUUUAACAUUUAACUUCAAAUCUAAGUGA